AUAGUCAAUUCUCAAAUGUGUUAUCACUAGGUAAUACCGCAAGGCGCAAACUUUGCAUUGUGUGCAAUGUGGUGUGACUUACGAUAUAGGCAUAUUUGUAUUUUGUAAUAUCAUGCGUUAAAUUUUAUUUUGUAUUUUAUGCUAGAGUCAAUAUAUAUUUUUUGUAUUAUUGUCUAGUAGUAGAUAGUAGUUGCUUACAGUCUUGAGUUUUGUGUUAUUUUAUUAUUAUGCGAUCAUUAGGGUUUUAAAUGAAACAUUUUUUGUAAUUUAAAAUUUGUGUUAUGUACAAUUGUCAAUUAACAUCUAAUUAACAAACAUCAUGUCUGAUACGGAAGAUGUUUAUAUGUGUGAAGAUGAUGAAGACUAUGGUCUUGAAUAUUCUGAAGAUAGUAACUCUGAACCAGACGUGGAUUUGGAAAAUCAGUAUUAUAAUUCAAAAUCAUUAAAAGAAAAGGAUCCUAAUUCUUCACUUGUAUCAUUUCAAAAAGUUUUAGAUCUUGAAGCUGGUGAAAAAGGAGAAUGGGGUUUCAAAGCAUUGAAACAAAUGAUAAAAAUUAAUUUUCGACUUAACAACUACAAUGAAAUGAUGAAUCGCUAUAAACAAUUAUUAACAUACAUUAAAACUGCAGUUACACGGAAUCACAGUGAAAAAUCUAUAAAUUCUAUACUAGAUUAUAUUUCAACAUCAAAAAAUAUGGAAUUAUUACAAAAUUUCUAUGAAACAACUUUAGAUGCCUUAAAAGAUGCUAAAAAUGAUAGAUUAUGGUUUAAAACAAAUACAAAAUUAGGAAAAUUAUAUUUUGACCUUGCCGACUACAACAAGCUAACAAAAAUUCUGAAACAAUUGCAUGCUUCAUGUCAAACUGAUAAUGGAGAAGAUGAUCUCAAAAAAGGUACACAGCUUUUGGAAAUAUAUGCAUUAGAAAUACAAAUGUACACGGCACAGAAAAAUAAUAAAAAACUGAAAGAGCUUUAUGAACAAUCUUUGCAUAUCAAAUCUGCUAUACCACAUCCACUUAUUAUGGGUGUUAUUCGAGAAUGUGGUGGUAAAAUGCAUUUAGAAGAAGGGCAUUUUUCAAAAGCUCACACUGAUUUUUUUGAGGCUUUUAAAAAUUAUGAUGAGUCUGGAAGUCCUCGCCGUACCACGUGUUUGAAAUACCUCGUAUUAGCAAACAUGUUAAUGAAAUCUGGAAUCAAUCCAUUUGAUUCUCAAGAAGCAAAGCCUUACAAAAAUGAUCCAGAAAUUUUAGCAAUGACCAAUUUAGUGCAAGCUUAUCAAAAUAAUGACAUUAAAGAAUUCGAAACUAUUUUGAAAAAUCAUCGGAAAAAUAUAAUGGAUGAUCCAUUUAUUAGAGAACAUAUAGAAGCUUUGUUAAGUAAUAUCCGUACUCAAGUUCUGAUCAAAUUGAUAAAACCUUAUACUAGAGUUCAUAUUCCUUUUAUAGCUAAGGAGCUAAAUAUUGAAGAAAGUGAUGUUGAAAGUCUUCUGGUCACGUGCAUUUUAGAUGAAACUAUUAAGGGUCGUAUUGACCAAAUAAAACAAGUAUUAACAUUAGCUAAUCCUGAUCCCGCAAUCAGCCGUUACGAUUCUAUUGAUAAAUGGACUAACCAGCUAAUUAUUCUUCAUACAUCAAUUUCACAAAAAAUAUUCUAAAAAUAAUUUGUUUGCCACAUUAAAAAAAUAUAUAUAAUAUAUAAGUUGUCUGACAUUUGUACGUAAAUAGUGUUUCACUUAUUUUUAUACUAAUUUAAUGAAUUAAUAUAAUUAUUACAUUUUAAACUGUAUAGUAAAAAGCAAUGUACUUAUAUAAAAAAAUAUUUUCUUACAUA